UUCAACAUAGUCAGAAUGACCGAGACACACUUGAAAGAUGAUGUGAAAUUGGAUGGUAGUAAGUAUGUGAUGAUUGGAAAGGGACAGAAAGUUCAAGAUAGGGUAGGAGGAGGAGUAACCUUUUUUUUUUUUUGUAUAGGAAGGAAAAGAACUUCAGAAUAGAAAAGUUAGAUAUAGGAAACUGUGCCACGAGUGAGGAAAUUUUAGCAGCAAAGGUAGAGUGCACAGGUGAGCAUGGGAAGUGUGAAACACUGGUGGUGAUUGUGGUGUGCAUGACAGUUGACGGGGAGAGAGCAGCAAGAGAGAACAGCAGGAAGUAUGAAAUAUUGAGGAAGAUCAUAAGAAAGUGAAAGGAGAGAGUAAUGAUUUUGGGAGACAUGAAUACACACGUAGGUAUUUUAGGUGAGCGGAUGCAUGAGAAUGGUGAGAGAUGCUUGAUGAGUUUGUGAAUGACAUGGAUGUGGAAGGAAGGAAGUGGAAAAGUGAGACAGAGUAGUGAAACUUGUGGGACUGAGUGAAUAGAAGAAUAAAAUGGAACAAAAGAAUAUUCAGAGUGGUAAAGAGAGAAAGAGGCCCCAAUGUAUGAAAAGUGGUAUAAGGGAAGCCUGGGUGAUGAUUUCUUCCGAGCUAGGGCACAGUGUAUUGUGUGAAUACAAGGUGUUAAAGAUGGUCUGAGUUCUGCAGCAAAGUAUACUGGAUGUGUGACAUUGGAGAGGAUGAGACGGUGGAGCAUAUGGUGCUGGAGUGUGUGAAGUAUGCCAGAGACAGAAAUGAGAUGAUGCAAGUGGUGCAGAGGGAGCUGGGGAAGGUCAGAGUGAAGACAGGAAAGGAAUGGAUUGGAUGGUGUUGCUGCUGGGGAUGUGUGGGGAGACGAAUGAAAGGAUGAUUGAGGCAGUGAAGGAGUUCCUGGAAAAGAUGUGGUGUAUUAAAUAUAGGAAUUAGUGGUGUGAAGGAUGGUGUCUGUUUUCUGUUUGCCGUUUUUCUUUUUUUUUUUUUUCCUACAGGAGUUGCCGAUACUCCUGGACCAGGAGCAGUCCCGAGCCAUCUGUAACAUUAAAAUGAAGAUCAAGAUUAGAUUAGCCUGGUUAGGUUAGAUUGGUUUAGUUUAGAUUAAUUUCAUUGGGUCAGAGAAGGUGGUGAUUUGUGACUGCUGACUGGCGGCCACGGGCGAGCCCUCGAGGGGAGGGGGGGUACAUUGCAAGUUAGCGGCACAACCAGCAUGCCCGACUCGACCACUUUGCCGAAAGCCACCAGAAGAUUGUGUGAGCAUGGUGGUGGUGAUGCCAGACCUGCUGCCACUGUCAAGAAUGGUGAAACUAAAGAAAAAUCAAUUAAAUCUCAGAAUCUGGAAACCCAGAUAGAAGACCAUAAGCCACUUCAGGGGACAGAGGGAAAGAAGACUGGAGAGUCUCACUCACAUGUCUUAAAACAUGAGUCCAGUGUAAAAGAGAAAGCUGCUGCAGAGAAACAAGACAAGAAGACAUCUAGCCACAAGAAACUACAUGAUCUUUCAUCUUUGGCUAGUACUGACCCCAUAUUCCUGUGGAGCCUCAAGUGCAGCCGUCACGUCCCAAAGCUCGGAAGAAGACCAAAACUGCAGGAAAAGGCAAAUUAUCCCUGGUAUCAGAGCCUGACCUUGAACCUGAGCUUGUUUUAGCAACCAAAGAAGUGGCUAAAAGUCUUGGUGGGGAUGUGAAGGAAACUGAGUCUGAGCUUCUGUCCACCUUGUGCCUCCACUCUUCAGAGACUACCACUGGCACUGCCCCAUCUCUCAGUGAAAUUGUUUGUGGGCAUGAAGGUGGAGAGAAAGCCACAAUCAGGGAUGGAGGAAGUGCCACGUCACCUUCCUUCUGGUACCGAGGUCAGGCAAGGGUACCACAUUGACCCGAAAGACCAGCCCCGAGCCCGCAAGCCCUACACUCAGCCUCGGGAUUCAUCUGUGCCCAGGGCUCAUGUUGAUCUCUUUGGAGGUCAACCUUUGGGGAUAUUUAAGAAAAGGGAAGAAGAUCCCCAUGGACCUGCUGCUCCAAUAUCAGUGUUGCCCACAUGGGAGAGAUUGUACCUACAUGAGCUGGAGCAGAGUAUGCAGCAUCCUCCUAGUAAUGCCUUUGUGGAGAUGAUACAGUGGACUAAGCAAGGCAAGCUGUGGACCUUCCCCAUUGAUAAUGAAGCAGCAGGUUUGGUGGAGGAAAUGAAAGUGGGAUUCCAUGAGCAUGUCUUCCUUGAGAGACACUUGGAAGGAUGGUGCCCAAAACGUGGCCCCAUCAGACACUUCAUGGAGCUGGUUUGCACUGGACUCUCAAAGAAUCCUCAUCUAACUGUGGAGCGAAAACAAGCACAUAUUGAAUGGUACUGUGCGAGAGGGUGGAGGGGAGCCUGAAUACAGAAGAGGUACUCACUGGUCUCAGGAUAAACUCCCCCACAGGCAUCCCAGAGUGUGGAGCUGAUGCCCUUCGGUCCACCCUAUGCUCCACCAGCUUCAGGAGUCAGUGUGGCAUAGAUAGAUGUGGAUGACUGUGGUGUCUUGUCUUGUGUGGAGUUACAAGGUUGGUGUAUGGAUGGGUAAGUGAAGUAGAGAUAAGAUUUUAAUUAGUGGUUUUGUAAGGUUGGGUAGGAGUGCUGUUCGUCUCCAUCAAGGGCUAAGGUGUUGUGUGCUGAGUGAAUGAGGCUGAAAAUUGUGUGUUUUGGUAUAUUUAGGAGAUAAGAUUUUAAUUAGUGGUUUUGUAAGGUUCGGUAGGAGUGCUUCUUGUCUCCAUCAAGGGCUAAGGUGUUGCGUGCUGACUGAAUGAGGGUGAAAAUUGUGUGUUUUGGUAUAUGUAGGAGAUAAGAUUUUAAUUAGUGGUUUUGUAAGGUUGGGUAGGAGUGCUUCUUGUCUCCAUCAAGGGCUAAGGUGUUGCGUGCUGAGUGAGUGUUUAAAUAUAUUUGUAGGAGAUAAUAUUUUAGUGGUUCUUUUCCCCAACAAGGGUUAACACAUUGAAAGAUUGUUGUGGAUGAGAGUAACAGUGAAAGUUGUGUGCCUUGUCUUGGUACAUGUAAGAGAUAAGCUAUAAUAAGUGUAUUUUAAGGUUAAGACAGUAGUGCUUCUCUUCCCCAACAAAGGUUAAGGUGUUGAAAGAGUGUUGUGAGUGUGAGGUGAGUGUGAAAGCUGUGUGCCUUGCCUUGCUAUGCAUUUGUAUAUUUCUCAUAGCACUUCCCUGCCAGACCACCUGUGUGUGUGUGUGUGUGUGUGUGUGUGUGUGUGUGUGUGUGUGUGUGUGUGUUAUAUAUAAAAUGUAAAUAAAUAACUACAUUUCUCGACUGAUGGGAGAAACACACUUUUAAAAGGCUCUAUUCGAAGUGCCACGGGUUUUUAAGGAUGUUUUUAUGGUUUUAGUGACAAAUUAACAACAUUCCUACAUUACUGUCAGGAGAAACACUCACAAAAACCUCUGCUAAUCAUCAUUGUGGCCUUUGAAAUCAAUUGUGAGAGAGAGAGAGAAAGAGAGAGCUAAACCAAUUCAACUUGAUAUGAGAGAAAAUCUAAUUAUCUUCCAUUCCCACAGAACCGUCACCCCAAACAAUGAGUGGUGGAGGGUGCGUUCUGCGUUGACAGGCAGCAUGAGCAGUGACAGGAGUCAUGGGUGCCUUGCCUCCUCGCACCACCACCACAAGCACCACCACUACUGCCAUCACCUACAAGGGGGAGACUGUGAUGUGGCUGCAGGUGGAUAGGUUCGGAGGCCUCCAGAGAGCUGCCCAGAGUGAAGCUUGUGGUAUAGAGGGACAGCUGCUGAUCAUCAAGCUUAUGGAGUGACUGGAAGAAAGUGGGAGGAGCCUGCAGGAAGUGGUGGAGGUACAGUACUUGGAGAAAAUCCCUUCACCAUGACGACUGGGUGUCUGCUGUACAGGCCACCAACCAAUGCCUGCAGCCUGCCCUAGCCUGACCCGCCAGACAUGUGCCCCAGGCCUUCCCCUAGCCUGCAGAGCCAUGUAAGCCUGCAGGUCAAGGUCAGGUCAAACGCAACAGGCCGUAACGUGAAAAAUGAGAUUUACGAAGACUGUUUGAUGGGCUCAGGUCCUCCGUGCACCCCACCAACAAGCAAGAGGUUGAGGAAAUACAAAUUUUUGAGACUCUGCAAGCUGAUGCCUUCCAGAUCGCGAAGACGGUGCGCCAUGGGUUCCCGUACCAGCCCACAGCGAUCGCCUUUGACCCAAUCCAGCGAAUAUUGGCAGUCGGGACAAAACAAGGCUCAAUUAGAAUCAUAGGCAGGCCAGGCGUGGACGUCCACCUGCGGCAUGAAGGGGACGCCGCUGUUGUAGCUCUGUCCUUCCUCAUAAACGAUGGAGCGCUCGUUUCCGCGACUGGGGACGACACCCUACACAUGUGGUCGUUGCGGCAGAAAACGCCACAGAUUUUGCAUUCUCUCAAGUUCCAGAGGGAGAGGAUCACCACUUUACAUGUCCCGUUCCAAAGCAAGUGGCUGUAUUUGGGGACUGAGCGAGGCAACAUUCAUAUCGUUAAAAUUGUGACCUUUGAACUGAGUGGUUAUUGUAUAAACUGGAAUAAGGCCAUUGAAUUGUCACGCAAGACACACCCUGGCGCAGUGGUCCAUCUUAGUGAAAACCCUGUCGACCCUGGCAAGGUCAGUGUCUUGGCACCAUGAAGGAAAGCAGUUUAUGUGUUGUCAUACUGAUGGUUCGCUCACAACCUGGACUCUGAAGCAAGCCUCGGCCAGACCCACCUCCACUGUCUUCCCUCACGGAUUUGAUAUCAAAGCUGGUGCAGGAAAAGGAAGCAGAUCGUGACCUUGAGCAGCUCGGGAAGAUAAGCAGCGUCCUUAAGAGUCCAGUUGCUAUCAUUAGCAGUUUUGGAACCAGUGAGUCUGAGACACCCACCAGCAGUGGAAAGGUGGCUGACGAGCGCCUCAAGCACUCUGAAAAGGUGGAGCAACAACAAGAAACAGAAAAUUGCAUCCAUCAUUCUUUGCCUGAGGAGGGAAUUGAUGCUGUGUUGACCCUUGACAGUGACGUCCCUCAUGAGGAGAAUAUGAAUCCUACAGAACUUGCCCAUAGAAAGACCAAAACUGUUACUGCUGCCACUACCACCACUGCCACCGCUUCCACUGCCACCAAAAGCCCAACUGUGCAAAGAAUCCUGGACCUCCUCAAUGAAAUGGAGUCCACCAGUCAGCUGGAGCACUCUAGCCUCCAAAAGUUCCAUCUGUGUCCAUUGUGUUUGGGUAAACUUAUCACUGUAUGAGGGGACAAGUAUCAGUGUAUGGUUACUAUAUACUCAUUUGUACUUAAAAAUGUCAUGUCACAUCAUUCUCUCUCUCUCUCUCUCUCUCUCUCUCUCUCUCUCUCUCUCUCUCUCUCUCUCUCUCUCUCUCUCUCUCUCUCUCUCUCUCUCUCUCUCUCUCUCUCUCUCUCUCUCUCUCUCUCUCUCUCUCUCUCUCUCUCUCUCUCUUUCUUUCUUUCUUUCUUUCUUUCUUUCUUUCUUUUGUUGCAUAUUUUACUCCUUUACAUUCUUCCCUACAGUAUUUUUUCGUCUACUUUAUGACUGGAGUCGUUUUAUCAUCCCAAUGUAUGUCCCAUCCAUUCUGAAACUGUAAUUCACCAAUCAGCUCAAAUGUGUCUCAGUUUUGAUAAUCAUUAAUUUGUUUCAGCUACACAACCACUCUGAUAAGGGACAAAAUCUACUUCACCAGUCAUCUAUGUCAUACAGUCAUAUAUAUUCAUACAUAUGACAAAAUGCUCUUCCUAAGACAUUUCUUAUUUUCUCUUCUCAAGUGACCUGUCCAUCUAUCUAAGGUACCACAUAACAUUUAAAACUUACAAUAUUGCAUUUAAUUCAUGAACAUUUUUUUGUCUAUGUAGACUUGAAAUUGUAUUGCGUAUAGACUUUAAAUGUAUUGCGAGUUUUCUCUAUCUCUCAUUCUAUACCUAACACCUGUUCCUAAGAAUCCCCAGGUGAUAGCCAUGGUGACUGGCUGGUCUCCUACUGAGUGGCUGGGGUUUUCCAAAAGUGAGGGUUGGUGUUCUAUACCAUACCAUGUGCCCUGUUUGUAUUCCUUCUCUAUCCUCUGUAUUAUAUUCUAUGUAAAGAUGGUGCUGGGGUGGGAUCUACUUCUUAUUCCCUAAAAGUGAUGAGGAGUGACACUGGGCAGCAUUGAUUUGCUCCUUAGAGAUGGCUGGGUUCCUGUGGAUGAGUGGGCCAUGCUGUGCUUUGUCAAGGAUGGUGUUUGGUAUUGUGAUGACUCUUGCCACAAUCAAGUGUCUCCCACAGAGUAGUGGAGUACCUAUGUAUGGUGUUGACCCAAGCUGUCCAGGUCUCAUCCAAUGCCUUAAUAUGAUUUAGAUGAUCAAAAUGGUUUAACUCACCAUUUAAUCAGCUGACUGAUUUGAAUGGAGAAGUAUGUAAUGUGUUGUAGCCUAACCAUCCCUGCCAGCAUGGUCAGACUCUUGGUAGUAACCUGAAAUGCUCCUAGGUAGUGAGUAUCAUUGCACAUAAUGAUCUUUACUUUGUCAGUAAUUCAAUGAUACUGAAUAUUACUCUACUGGAUUUUGCUCAGCACUGCUUGGUAACUUUUGGCCAUAAUCCCAGGUCUGGAAUGAUAUGAAGCCAUGUUUUUACAUUCCAUAUGAGACAGGCAAGCACUAUGCUUUGCCUGACUGAUACCUCUACUUUGCAUUUAUGACCCCAGGUAGUUCAUAUCUCUCUCUCUCUCUCUCUCUCUCUCUCUCUCUCUCUCUCUCUCUCUCUCUCUCUCUCUCUCUCUCUCUCUCUCUCUCUCUCUCUCUCUCUCUCUCUCUCUCUCUCUCUCUCUCUCUCUCUCUCUCUCUCUCUCUCUCUCUCUCUCUCUCUCUCUCUCUCUCUCUCUCUCUCUGGAAUUAUACUGUAUAUUAGGAAAUAUCAUUAAAGAGUGUGUUUGUGUGUGUGUGUGUGUGUGUGUGUAAAAAGUGUUUGCAUUAUUGUGCAUUUGAUGUUAUAGCCCCAGGUUCUUAAAGUUUUCUGGUUUCAUGAUUUAUAAAGAUUGCUAUUUUUAAUAAAGUUAUUGAAAUUGUUA